AAAUCUUGUAUCUCUCUCUCGCGCGCGCACGCUCACAUAUUUGGAAGGGAACUCCGCCGCAGAAGAAGCGUAAGAUGACGGUGAGAACCGUGAAAGACGUUUCCCCUCACGAGCUCGUCAAGGCCUACGCCGCCCACCUCAAACGCUCUGGCCAGGUCGAAUUGCCUGAAUGGACUGAUCUUGUUAAGACCGGAACACUUAAGGAGCUUGCUCCAUAUGACCCUGAUUGGUACUACAUUAGAGCCGCUUCCAUGGCAAGGAAGAUCUACUUGAGAGGGGGUCUUGGUGUUGGUUCCUUCAGAAGGAUCUAUGGAGGAAGCAAGAGGAAUGGCAGUCGCCCACCCCAUUUUGGUAAGAGCAGUGGUGCUAUUGCUCGUCACAUUCUUCAGCAAUUGCAGAGUAUGAAAAUCGUUGAUAUCGACACAAAGGGUGGGAGGAGAAUCACAUCCAGUGGCCAGCGAGAUCUUGACCAAGUUGCCGGACGGGUUGCAGUUAGCCAGUGAGAAGUUAUUGCAGGCUCGUUUAGGAUGCAAAAUACUUGAGAAGAACUUUGGAACUUAGUUAUUUUGAGUUGACGUAGAUAUGUGGGACCGUUAUUUAAUUUUAUGCUCUUGAGGAGUGCUAGUUGUUUUUACUGUCCUAUUGUUAAGUCUACUUCGUGAAACCAUUUCAUUUAAAUGGCAGAUCUGGCCUGCAAAGUUUACCUCGACUCGAAUGGUCGAUCGUUUGGUGUAUACCACGGGGUCAGCUGUUUGAGUCUCAUCAAUUACCUGGUA